UUGGAUUAUUUCCGAAGACGCGGUUUUUUCUUGUGUUGUCGCUAAUCAUUUUUAUUGGAAAAAGUGCAAUAUGACAAAUAUUACAUUGAAUGACAAAUAUUUCGCCUUCUGUUUUUAUCCAGUACGCCUUAUUACUGUCGCCGUAGGUGCUACUGUUGCAGACAUUUAUGCUUAGAAACGGAGCAAAUUAGAUAACUUUGUUAAAACAGGAGCAAGAGAAAGCUUUUGUAUUCCACUAACUGUCAGAAAAUAUUAUUGUUUUGAUGGAGUAUUAAAAACGAUUUAAACUGCAUACCAUUGCAGCAGUUUAUGUUUAACAAACAAAAUGCAAAAGUGAAACAAUGAAAUGUGAUUAACAGAAAUAAAUUUGGCAAAUAUAUAAAGCGUUUCUUAUGAACUUAGAUAUACAAAUUUAGUUAAGCUUCGUACAAUGUGCUAUGGAAUGGAUAAAAACACUUUUAUUACCAAAUGAAAACAAAGGUUCUCUUACAAAGGGGUAGGUGCAGUGAGGGAAAACAUGGCACGUAACACGCUUUUCGUGACACCAUGACACCUAUGAUGUCACAAAUGGAGGAGCUGGAUAGAGGCUGGUCAUGGGUAGUACUUGUUUCAUCGUUCGGCUAUUUCAUGAUAUUUGGAAUGUUUCUGUACGGUGUUGGGAUGGUACAUGCCGUACUCCUGGAUGAGUAUUCCGGAAAGUCGGCCUCCACAGCUUGGGCCGGCAGUUUGUAUGCAGCCCUGGUGUCAUUGGGAGGUCCCGUUUCGAGUAUAAUCAUCGACAAGCUUAGCUGCAGAUCUGCUAUGUUUAUAGACGGGUUUCUUACCACAGUCGGUUGCUUGGCAACAGCAUUCAGUCCAAACUUAACCUUGUCUAUUUUCACUUAUGGAAUACUAGCAGGUUUUGGUGGUGGUGUGGGCUACACGGCAACUAUGGUUGUAGUUGGAUUCAACUUUCGACGGUGGAGAAAUACUGCUUUGGGAAUAGCAGUAUCGGGCGUUGGUGUCGGAACAUGUAUUUUCACACCUAUCAUGGAAGUAUUACGUGAUUUCUAUGGCAACGCUGGUUAUUUUAUCAUAAUGGCGGGAAUUGGAUUACACAAAUGUCUAUUCGCUGUAUUAUGUAAGCCUUCAAGACUGGAACUAGCUAGACAGGAAUCCAUUAAGACAGAUGACGACGAAGAAAUUACCAAACGACAGCUAUUAAAACACUAUGCAAAAGUGUAUACCAAUAAACUUAUUAUAUGUUUUUCGCUCAGUUUAAUGUUAUUUAGUAUAGGGACAUAUAUGAUAUUUCUCCAUUUACCACAUUUUUCAAUGAUCAAAGGAUACAGUCAUAUAGCGACCACUAUUCUAAUUUCAUCUUGCGGGUUCGCGACAAUCUUAGCACGGGUGCUGACGUCAUUGAUAUCAGAGACUAAGAAUAUUGACGAAGUAGUUCUUUAUUCAGGUACAUUUGGCUCACUCGCACUUGGAACUUUUUUAUUUCCCCUUUAUUCUAGGACAUAUACGGGUCUCUUAGUGUAUUCAAUUCUAUUGGGUGCCUAUUUUGGCGGGUGCUAUGCAGUUAUGAACACUAUCAACAUUAAACUCGUUGGUAUAAAGUACUUGUCUAUAGCCACUGGUAUGGAACUCAUUUUCUGUGCUGUUGGAACAGCCCUCGGACCUGUGAUAACCGGCUUGAUUGUAGACAAAGGUGGCUCAUAUGACCAUGCAUUUAUGAUAGCAGCAUUCAUAAUCCUUAUUGGUGCCGCUCUUGGUAUGGCAACGGUGGUUUUUCAGCCAAACGGUGAUUCUCCGAACCCUCCCGAUGUAGACUUUGUCGUCACGAAUAAUGGUGACGUCAUUAAUGAGACGUGCACGGCAUCUUCGAUGAUCGCCAGCAGCAACAGCAAACAAGGAAAACAAAGCAAUGUAGACAUGGAGGAAAAGCAGGAUUCCGAAUGCCAAGAAUUCAGUGCGAAUCAAAAGCUCACGUGUUCCGGAAGUGGUUGCUCAGCAACGUCCAAUCAGAAAGGUUUUAACAAAUAUACUGAUUCCGCAGAAACUGAACCUUUGAAUUUUACUGAAGAAAUACAACGGCUUUUAAAUGGUGAAGAGUUGAAAUUUAUAGAUGAAAAUGAGGAUUUAUGAUGAAAAGCCAUAUUUAGGUUGUGUUGUUUUCUUUCUUUAUGAUGAUGAUGAUGAUGAUGAUGACGACAUUUAAUACGAAAGUACGCGCUGUGUAUGUGUAUUAAUUAUGUGGUAACAACCUUCAUUGUAAAAAAAAAAAAACAUAUCUAGAAAAGAAAAAAAGUUUCUUCUUGUAAUGGUCACCGAUUAGAGAUAUUUUCCCAAUAUCCGAUUUGUUUAUAUAAAGAACAUUAACAUUUAGCUGUAGAAUUAUUAAUAACCAAAAUAUGUGGAAACCUAUGCGGUCGAAAUUGUAGCAAGAUUGCUUUAGCUAUAACUCCGUUUAUUAAACCGUAGUGUCUGUUUUCUUAGAAAAAUGAUAGUUGUAGAUCUAUUUAUAACAGGUUCUGGUCCAAUGUACGAUAUAAUAUUUAUCAUUAUGAAUGUAAAAUUUUAAUGAUAUGUCUUUUAUAUUGAUUUCAUACGUUCUACACAGAAAAAAGUUCAAACU